AAAACAAACAAAAUUAACUGAUGAUAUUUUCAUCAGUAAAUGAAUUAGUUGAAAAAACAUCCAUUCAUACUGUUAAAUAAAAAAACAUGUUUUUUAUUUUAAACAUUAAAAACAUUUUACAAAACAAACUUCAGUUUUAUUUGGACAUUAGCAAUAAAUAUGAUUAUAAUGAAAUGAAUUAAAACGAAUUGAUCCUCCCUUAGCCUCACACACUGAACCCUCAGCUGUGAUUAGCUAAAGCUCAUUAACGAGUCCUCCCCUGACUGACAGCUCCCUUAUCCAAUGGCUGUUUGGAAUUCACCGCUCCUCCAAUCAUAAGGCAGUGUGAGCUCAUGCUGUCUGCCUGUUGGUGCAGCGCUCGGCCGCGGAUGUCUCCUCUGGUGAAGGUUGCCCGUCAGUCUUCGCUGGGAGCUCGCUUCUCUCGGUCCGCUCGCUUUACGCGCAGAGAGCGCAGCAGGCGGAACGGAGCUUCUGUUUGUUGUCACGUCACGCAGGAAUCUCUCCGCGCAGCACAGCAGCCAUGGAUGAGAUGGAGGAAGAGUUAAAAUGCCCGGUGUGCGGCUCGUUUUACCGCGAGCCCAUCAUCCUGCCGUGCUCUCACAACAUUUGCCUGGCGUGUGCUCGGAAUAUUCUGGUGCAGACCCCCGACACGGAGUCCCCUCAGAGCAGCCGAGCCUCCGGGUCCGGAGUCUCUGACUAUGACUACCUGGACCUGGAUAAGAUGAGUUUGUACAGUGAGGCAGACAGUGGAUAUGGUUCCUAUGGGGGCUUCGUCAGCGCUCCUACCACCCCCUGCCAAAAGUCACCAAACGGGGUGCGUGUUUUCCCCCCGACUGUUCCCCAGCAGCCUCCCCCUCAACACCUAAUACCGCAGCCCGGCUCUUUACCGCCGAUCCCCCGCAACUCCUGCAUUACCUGCCCGCAGUGUCACCGCAGCCUCAUCCUAGACGACAGGGGGCUCCGCGGAUUCCCCAAGAACAGGGUGUUGGAGGGGGUGGUUGACCGGUACCAGCAAAGCAAAGCGGCCGCUCUCAAAUGUCAACUCUGUGAAAAGAGUCCAAAGGAGGCCACCGUGAUGUGCGAGCAGUGCGACGUCUUCUACUGCGACCCCUGCCGCCUGCGCUGCCAUCCUCCCCGCGGGCCCCUCGCCAAGCACCGCUUGGUGCCGCCCGCGCAGGGCCGGAUCAGCCGCCGAACCAGUCCCCGCAAGAUCUCCACAUGCACGGAGCAUGAGCUGGAGAACCUGAGCAUGUACUGUGUGCAGUGUAAGAGUCCGGUGUGUUAUCAGUGUCUGGAGGAAGGAAAACACGGAACACACGAGGUGAAGGCUUUGGGAGCGAUGUGGAAACUACACAAGGGUCAGCUGUCUCAGGCGCUGAAUGGCCUGUCAGACCGAGCCACCGAGGCCAAAGAAUUCCUGCUUCAGCUGAGGAACACGGUGCAGCACAUCCAGGAGAAUGGGGUGGAGUUUGAGGCCUGCUUGGUGGCACAGUGCGACGCCCUCAUUGAUGCGUUGAAUAGACGUAAAGCUCAGCUGCUGGCUCGAGUCAACAAAGAGCAUGAACAUAAACUGAAGGUGGUCCGGGAUCAGAUCUCUCACUGUACGGUGAAGCUGCGUCAGACCACGGGGCUGAUGGAGUAUUGUCUGGAGGUCAUCAAGGAGAACGACCCCAGUGGAUUCCUGCAGAUCUCUGACGCUCUGAUCCGGAGGGUCCACAUGACAGAGGGUCAGUGGGGGAUGGGAACCCUGACCCCGAGGAUGACAAGCGACUUUGACCUCACGCUGGACAGCGGACCCCUCCUGCAGACCAUCCACCAGCUUGACUUUGUGCAGAUGAAAGUCCCGGCUGCUCCGAUGCUCCAGCUGGAGGAAUGCUGCACUCAGAACAACAGCGCCACGUUGUCAUGGAAACAGCCACCGCUCUCAACCAUCGCCGUGGAGGGAUACAUCCUGGAGCUCGACGAUGGAAACGGGGGGCCAUUCAGGGAAGUGUAUGUGGGGUCGGAGACCAUCUGCACAGUGGACGGGCUUCACUUCAACAGCACGUAUAAGUCCAGAGUGAAGGCCUUUAACGCCAGCGGGGUGGGUCAGUACAGCAAGACCCUGAUCAUGCAGACGUCAGAGACUGGACUCCCUCCAUGCGAUAUUCAGUCUAUAGGCACAGUAGCUUGGUUCACCUUUGACCCGGCCUCGGCUCACCCGGACAUUAUUCUCUCCAACGACAACCUGACGGUGACGUGCAACAGCUAUGACGACAGGGUGGUCAUGGGAAACUCCUCCUUCUCCCGCGGCAUUCAUUACUGGGAAAUGACCAUCGAUCGCUACGACAACCACCCCGACCCGGCCUUCGGGGUCGCUAGGGGCGAUGUCCUGAAGGAUGUGAUGCUGGGGAAGGACGACAAGGCAUGGGCCAUGUAUGUGGACAACAACCGCUCCUGGUUCAUGCACAACAACUCGCACACCAACAGGACGGAUGGAGGCAUCAGUAAAGGCUCUACGAUCGGGGUGCUGCUGGACUUCAGCCGUGGGAUCCUCAUCUUCCUCAUCAAUGAUGAGCAGCAGGGCCCCGUGGCGUUUGAAAGCCUGGAGGGUGCCUAUUACCCGGCCAUCAGCAUCAACAGAAAUGUCCAGGUCACACUGCACACUGGACUUCCCAUUCCGGAUUUCUACACCCCUGGGGAGGCUGAUCCCACCGGCUCUGUGUGCUAAACACUCCAGAUCUCACAGUCACUUUGUGGAAACCUCUGCAGGAUUCAUCCAGCCAAUCAGUGAUGUAGAUCCCAUCCUCACCCUGCCCCCCUCUCCUCCUCCUGACCCCUGUACUGUAACUCUCUGCCAGGGGCCCCUCCAGCGCUGAGCCAUGCCUUUAUCAUGCCUAAACCUUGAACACACAGAGAGCGUCUGCAGGUCAGAGCAUAGAGUGCUUGACAAGCUGUUCCACCUCUUCUGACGUGACAGACAACGUUUUAGAAAUCCUGCAGAAACCUGAAAAUGACUUCAAGCUGAUGGACUCGGACUAAUGUGCAACGAUCAUCGGGUGAACUCAUGGAAUACAGCUUUUUCUCUUUUGCUUUAUGUUAUAUGAGGAUAUUGAUACCACCUUUAUACCUCUUUGCUGAACAUGAAGCCAACCUUAGGAUAUCAUAGCAUAAUGAGUAAAAUAAGAGAGGAUAGUGAUCCUCCAGCCCGGCUUUGUCCAAAGGUUAAAACGUGUCUCCCAGCACAUCCAAAGCCCAUCAUGCUUUAUUCUGUACAGAACCUGAAUGUAAUGUGGAGGUUUUAGAAGCACACGGAUUAUUCAAACUCAGAAAUAUGUAAAUAAGGAACUCUGGAGGGCGGAGUGUGUUCACACAUAUUUAGCAUAGUGCUAAUAAUAAUAAUGAAAUAUUGAGCUACAUCUUUAAGAAGGGAUAUUUUUAAACAAGUAGAAAAAGUCUAAUUCUUUUUGACUGAGUCUGUACCUGCCGACAACCUGAAACAUUUCAAACCUGCGAGAGGUCGGACGGUUAAAACUCAUGACCUCUGACCUCUCAGCUGAAGUCUCAUCGUCCGUGUUCACAAGACACUUUUUUUCGUGGCUUUGCUCCUGUGAAUAAAGCGCUAAAGUAAUAAUCUGUGCAGAAUUCCUCUGCACUGCAGCUCUCAAAGAUCCCUUAACCCCAAUACAUAGAAGAAGACGGCAAACUGUGAGUGCUGGAAAUGCUGGGAAGUGUGAUCAUGUUGAGGGUGAUGCUCGUUGCUUCUUCUGUAUUUUUGUAGUCGAAUCUUUGGUGGUUUUGUAAGAUAUAAAAUAUACGACUUGAUAAUUUCAGAGACGUGUGAAGAAAAAUAAGUUAUUGAUGUUUUCCAACGAGAGUUAAAUGUUGUAAAGUUUUAACAGAAAGUUUGAUCUUUAACUGAAGAGGCUUUUUUAAAUAUUGUCUUCAAUGUAGACUAACAGGAAAGGAAGACGGUGCGUUAGGAACUUUAUCUGGCAACAGAUUCGGACAACAGCAACUUCUACAAAUUCAGCAAUCUCAAGAGCAAAACAACUUCAGAUAAAAUAGUUUAGCUUCUGAAGUACUUUGAAUGCUUACAUAUUAAGUCAGUCUUAGUAAUGGUCUAAUGUGCAUAGUGAUAGCAUGCUAACAUGCUAAAACAGCCAGCGCUAGCAUGCUAACAUUAAACACGUACAGAUGAUGGGAGGAUCGUGAGUCUGACGAUGAGCUUUUAUUAUGAAAACAUUUCUUGUUUCAGUUUUAAUGACAGAGAUAAAGAAUUAAAUUAUUUAGACUGAACUCAACACCAUUCAUCCUCUGGUCACUUUCGUGACUCAUCAUGAAAUUAUCUCCAGAGUCUGAAAACCCAUCUUGUGGGGAAGAUGAAUGUCAGAGAAACUAUAUUUUUAGUAUAUUUGGAGAGUCAAUGACAACUUUAACCUGCUGGUGGCGCUAGAGGAAAGUCCAGGAUCAAGAAAGUUCACGGGAUUCAUCUUCUGGGUGCCAUGGGCGUCAGUACUAAAGUUUAUGGAAGCUUAUUCUUCCACUUUAAAUACAUCUCGACCUCUUGGUGCGUCAGAGGGUAUAUCCUCUGCAGACCCUGAACGAGAUUAAAGAUGCUGCUCUAACUCGGAAAUAUUUCAUGGAAUAAAUCAAAAGUUACUUCUGCUGCUUGAGGGCCCAUAAUGUGAUGGAUCAUCCUGUAGGGACCAUAAUGUGAUGGAUCAUCCUGUAGGGACCAUAAUGUGAUGGAUCAUCCUGUAGGGACCAUAAUGUGAUGGAUCAUCCUGUAGGGACCAUAAUGUGAUGGAUCAUCCUGUAGGGACCAUAAUGUGAUGGAUCAUCCUGUAAGGACCAUAAUGUGAUGGAUCAUCCUGUAGGGACCAUAAUGUGAUGGAUCAUCCUGUAGGGACCAUAAUGUGAUGGAUCAUCCUGUAGGGACCAUAAUGUGAUGGAUCAUCCUGUAGGGACCAUAAUGUGAUGGAUCAUCCUGUAGGGACCAUAAUGUGAUGGAUCAUCCUGUAGGGACCAUAAUGUGAUGGAUCAUCCUGUAGGGACCAUAAUGUGAUGGAUCAUCCUGUGGGGACCAUAAUGUGAUGGAUCAUCCUGUGGGGACCAUAAUGUGAUGGAUCAUCCUGUGGGGACCAUAAUGUGAUGGAUCAUCCUGUAGGGACCAUAAUGUGAUGGAUCAUCCUGUGGGGACCAUAAUGUGAUGGAUCAUCCUGUAGGGACCAUAAUGUGAUGGAUCAUCCUGUAGGGACCAUAAUGUGAUGGAUCAUCCUGUAGGGACCAUAAUGUGAUGGAUCAUCCUGUAAGGACCAUAAUGUGAUGGAUCAUCCUGUAGGGACCAUAAUGUGAUGGAUCAUCCUGUAAGGACCAUAAUGUGAUGGAUCAUCCUGUGGGGACCAUAAUGUGAUGGAUCAUCCUGUAGGGACAGAUGUAUGAGCAGUAGUAGGAAAAUGAAAUCUGACAAUUCUUCCAUGCUCGUAUGAACAUUGUGGUGACACUCAAGGAGAAUUAAUCAACCAUUGAGAUGUAUUCUCUGGACCAUGAAUGUCAGUAUGAAAUAUCAUGGCACGUUGCUUAAGGACACAAAUACCAGCAAUAUGUUGCCGCUGUGGAUCGAGUAAUUUCAGUCUGCUGCUGGCCAGGAUAACCCUAACCCUGGUCCAUUUGGGGGAACUGUUGCCUCUCUGCGUUGCCCUAAAACCGUUGCCUGGCUUUGUACUCCAUACAUGUGGAGCGUUCAAAUCAGGUGAUGUCCUAUGUUAGAGCGUCAUAGCGUGCCUUUUCCCCUCUUAAAGAAGCAUCGUCUGUAAAAUGUGCUCUCCAGACUUUCACUAAAAGUGACUCUUAUGGCUCUCCAGACUUUCACUAAAAGUGACUCUUAUGGCUCUCCAAGCAUUUACUAAAAGUGACUCUUGUGGCUCUCCAUACAACGGGCAAACAGAGCGAAUAAGAAGUAUGGUAGUUUGUCCAAUCAGGGCUCCCGUAGAGAAAGUUAAGCUGGUUGUUUAAUUGGCGUUUGUUUAUCGUUCGUCAAGUGUUAAUUAUAAAAGGGUAGGGGUAUAAGAGAGUCACCCCCCCCCCCCCCCCCCCAUCAGCUCAGGCUGCAACACAGGCGUACAACCAGAGGACUGCUCUGCACGCCUCAAACAUCUGAUCAUGAAUAAUUAUCUCCUCCUGAAAGAGUGUGUGUGUGUGGUUGUAGAAAUUAAAGACUAUAAACAUUAAUAGUAUAAUUUAAUGAUUUAAUUAUUAAAUGUCUGAUUCCUGAAGUCUUGAUGAUCAAAGUGUAAUUAUUCUGUUUCUUUUUCUUUGUGUCAAUAUUCAAUAAAAAAUAGACAUAAACAACGUC